GCUGGCGUCGGGCCACUUCCUCAUUUGCUUCUGGUAAAAGUUAUAAAGUGAGGAACCGGUGCACUGCACCUCCACUCGCCUCCUUCACUGUCUCCUGCUUCCUUCUCUCGGAGAAGCUCUGCUCAUCAUGGGGAACUUUGCCGCCAACGAAGGACUCUCCAUCUUCGUGAUUCUGGUCUGGCUCGGCAUCAAUGCCUUCCUGUUUGUCCAUUUCUACAUGGCCUUCCUGGUGGAGAGGUGGUUCUACACGCGGGUUCUGCUGGGGCACGCGCUGUCCUGGGCCAGAGCUCCGGCCGCCUGCCUCAACUUCAACUGCAUGCUCAUCCUGCUGCCGGUCUGCAGGAACCUGCUGUCCUUCCUGCGAGGCACCGUCCAGUGCUGCAGCCGCACGGCCGCUCGGCAGCUCGACCGAAACAUCACGUUCCACAAGCUGGUGGCCUACAUGAUCGCCUUCCACACGGCCGUGCACAUCGUCGCUCACUUGUUCAACUUCGAGUACUUCAUGGACGCCCAGCUGCAGAGGAACAGCAGCCAUCUUCCCUUCGUCCUGUCGGAGAUCGGCAGCGGCGACAACGCGUCCUUCCUGAACCCCAUCAGGACCAACGAGACGAACCCAACCAUCGUCAUGUUCACCACGGUGGCCGGGCUGACGGGCGUGGCCAUCACUCUGGCCCUCAUCCUCAUCAUCACCUCGUCCAUGGAGGUCAUCCGCAGGUCCUACUUUGAGGUCUUCUGGUACACCCACCACCUCUUCGUGGUCUUCUUCGUGGGCCUGGUGUUCCACGGCUUCGGGCGGAUCGUAAGAGGACAGACGGCCGGCAGCUUGGAGACCAACCGGCCCGAGGCGUGCGCCGAGCACUUUGAGGACUGGGGGGGCCCCGGGUCGGGCUGUGCGGUGCCGGCGUUCGCUGGGAACCCUCCGAUGACGUGGAAGUGGGUGGUGGGGCCCAUGAUCCUCUACGUGUGCGAGCGGCUCGUCCGCUUCUACCGGGCCCACCAGAAGGUGGUCAUCACCAAGGUGGUGAUGCACCCGUCCAAGACUCUGGAGCUGCAGAUGAAGAGGAAGGGCUUCCACAUGGAGGUGGGUCAGUACGUCUUCAUCCAGUGCCCGUCCGUCUCCCGGCUGGAGUGGCACCCCUUCACCCUGACCUCGGCCCCCGAGGAGGACUACUUCAGCGCCCACAUCCGCAUCGUGGGGGACUGGACCGAGGCGCUGUACGAGGCCUGCGUGGGAGACAAGACUCAGCCUCAGGAGGCCUGGAAGCUGCCCAAGCUGGCCAUCGACGGGCCCUUUGGGACGGCCAGCGAGGACGUGUUCCGCUACGAGGUGGUGAUGCUGGUGGGGGCCGGCAUCGGCGUGACUCCUUUCGCCUCCAUCCUCAAGUCCGUGUGGUACAAACGCAUCCAGCAGAACCAGGAGGUCUUCACCAAGAAGAUCUACUUCUACUGGCUGUGCCCGGAGACCGAGGCCUUCGAGUGGUUUGCAGACCUGCUGCAGUCUCUGGAGGGUCAGAUGACGGAGAAAGGCGUGACGGACUUCCUCAGCUACAACAUCUACCUGACCCGCUGGAAGGAGACCGAGGCGGCUCACUUCCGGGUUCACCACGAGGCGGAGAACGACCCGAUCACGGGCCUGAAGCAGAAGACGCUGUACGGGAAACCCAACUGGGACCACGAGUUCAGCAGCAUCGCCACGGCGCACCCGGGGACUAAAGUGGGGGUGUUCCUUUGCGGCCCCCCCCAGCUCGGGAAAUCCCUGGAGAAACAAUGUCUGUCCCACUCGGAGGCCGACGUCAAGUUCAUCUUCAACAAGGAGAACUUCUAAGAACUUACUUUCCAAGUACUGAGACAAAGUGUUCAGGGUUUUUUUUUGCUAAGAAGCAGAGACCACUGCCCCCCCCCCCAACAACACCCCCUCUGUUUCCCUGCAGCAGCUUCUGUUACUGUGUGACUUGUGCACUCGUGUUUAUUUAAAUCAGACAAGUAGAAGAGGCUGUGUAGACAUCUGUGUGUACUUGUGUGUAGUUCUAUCUUGCCGUUAUCGUUGUACUUUUUCACAUGCAGGUCGGAGGUUGAAUUCCUCUUUCCAAUAAUAAACUUUAACUUCAAGA